GUUGAGAGUGAAGACCAGAGGCAAUUCCAAUCCAUGGUCGGGAGCCUACUCUACGCUGCUGUGCAUACUCGGCCUGACAUCAGCUUUGCUGUGGGACAGCUGGCUCGAGUAGUGCAAAAUCCAACAGAAGAGCAGUGUGGUGCAGCGGAGAGAGUGGUGCGCUACCUCAAGUCAUACCCUACAGUGGGAGUACAGUAUUCAGCCUCUGCUCAACUCAGGCAAAAAGGAGUUGAAGUCCUUCAAGAGAAGGGGGAGCAGCUCGGAGAAGGAAAGGUGUUCCUUUCCUGUUUUGCUGAUGCCACGUGGGCUUCUGAGCAUGAGGAUUCAUCAUCAGUUGGUGGAUACAUCUGCAUGGUGGGAGGUGGGCCUGUAAGUUGGAGGUCCAAGAAGCAGUCUGAGACGGCACUAUCUUCAGUGGAAUCUGAGUACAUGGCGAUGUUUCAUGCGGCAAAAGAAAUCAUCUGGCUAAGGAGGCUCUUGAAGGAGAUCGGCCAUGAACAGACUUGUGCGACACCUCUGUUCAGUGAUAGCAAGGGAGCCAUUGCCAUGGCACGCAAUGCAGUUCUUCAUGGGUUGAACAAGCACAUGAGGAUCAAGUGGCAUUGGCUGCGGAAGGAGGUGAAGCUUGGGACACUCGAUCCGAUCUACGUGAAAACUCAGCAACAGCCAGCCGACUUCCUUACCAAGCGGCUAGCUGAAGAGCCACACUGGUGCUGUGCGAGGAUGGCGGGAAUGUCCUUGAACUAGAGACGGCGAAACAAGCCGACAGUCUGAGGGGGAAUGUGCUAGGAUUGUGCAUGACAUCGAGCACAUUCCAACGAGCCAAGAAUUGUUGGAAUCGGAACACAUA